UAUGUAGUGAAAGAUUUGUUAACAUGCAUUGCUGUACGGGCCAGGAUAUUACCCCAUUUAUAAAAAAAAUUAUAAUGCGAAGUUAUAGUCGAUUGAAAAUAGUAUAAAACCCAACACAGUCUCAUAUUUUCAACUUGCACAUACACACGCUUUCGCUAAAACGUCACACUUUUACCUCUUAGCUCUUGCCCAGUCAGUUUUUUUAAAGAAAGAGAACCAGUUUAUAAACUAAAGAAUUGUGUUUCGUCAUUGAGGACGGUGAACGGUUCCAAAAACCCGUUAGAAAGUAAAAAGAUAAGGAGCUGCAAGAUGACUCUUUCUCAAGCCGUCGUUGUCGCUGUCUUCGUUGCAGGUUUUGCCCUGACUGCAAACGGGUGCACUGAUCACGUGAGAGCCUGCGUUGCUCCGGUUCGUGCGCAAGUCGAGCCGUUUAUGCAUAGCCCGGAGAGUGUCAAUGCCUUUCUCCAAAUAAUCACCGUGGAUUUAGUAUGCAACGAGCUACUGACUUUUUAUCAGUGUGUGGAUCUGGCCCUGAAAACCGAGUGUGCCAACCAUACCCUGGACGAUGCUGAUUAUGAAGCAUUUGAACUGAUCCCGUAUUUUUGUGGCCCAGCGGGUCGUCCUGAUUAGAAAACCAGGCUCGAACGUGCGCUGUGAGUGGCUCAACAGCUUUGUGUGGAGAACCAUUUGGACAGUUUGUCAACAAGAUUUGGCCCCUAGCACGAAGGGGUGUAUUCCAGUUGGUAAACUGCAGCCAAAGUACUCGUCAAGCAACUUCGUUCACCAAGAGGACUCUUGGACAACUGUUCGGGUUCUGAAGGGAAUAAGACUUGUGAAAAAAACAACCCAGUACUACGCGAUAUGGUGUCGAAAUCUUUCAGAAAAAUUAAUAAAAGAGUACAAAGGAUCAACAACAAA